AUGAGACAACUGCCAAAAAUGUUACAAACACAUAUAAAGAAUCAUAUAAAUAAUGAUAAAGAUAAUGAUAUAGAUACAUUAUCUAAUUAUGAUGUAACAGAUAAAAAACCUAAUUAUUUUUAUUUACUAAAACAAGAAAUAAAUGAUGCAAAAUAUGAUUACACUCAUCAUGUUAAUUCUUUGAAUAAUGAUUCACAUAGGAAUGCUAUUAAAACGUUGAAAGGUAAAUUAGAAUUUUAUGAUAAUCUAUUUUUAGACAAAAUAUUAGAUUUAAGGAUUCAGAAUAAGCAUUCACCAAUAUUAGAUUUAUUCGUAGUUUCAUUGUUUGAAAUUUUACCUCUUUUGUGUCGACCCUUAUCAUUCAUAAUACCUAUAUAUCUCAUUAAAAGAUUUUCAUUUCUUCUUAAGUUUGACGAGGAUCAAAGUACACGUAAACUUAUAAAAUAUGAGAAUUUGAAAUAA